AACAACAAAAGAAUCGCCGUCCGUGUCGGUUCUUGUGAGAGAUAUGUACAGAACCUAAACCAAUCCGCCUUGAUCGGCGCAACACACAAUACAGAGCAGAUGGGUUCACGGUUCACGUGUAGAUUUGAAAUUUAAAAGUAUGGUUAUGUUGAUUUAUUUUUUUGAAAGUUUAGUACAUGUACAUUAUAUUUAAAAACAGUAUUGUUUAAAUAUAAAAUAAAUUCUUGACGAUUGUCAGACGUAGAAAAUGUUACAAAGUGUAAAAAAGUACGAUACUAUUAUCAGAACCAUUGAUGAUGAUGAAGAAGUUGAAGAUUUAUCAGAAAACAGUGAUGAGGAAAUAGAGUUUCAACCAUCCAAACAAAAAACUCGAAGUAAGGAGGAUUUUGAUACGGAAUUUAAUUUUGUCAGUUCCGUAGAAGAAUAUAAUAAAGAUGUUUGGAAUGAUUUGACUAAAUACGUUAAAAGGAAAGCAAAACAAAAAACUGAUGACAAAAUUAAAAAAGUCAGAGGCACACAAGCUGAUGAGGAUCAAACAAACACUGAAAACGGUACAAAUGAUCUUGUCGAUUCCGAUAUAUCUCUUUCAGAAGAUGAACUAAAACAUGAUAGGAUUAAACUUAAAGAAAAGAAAAAGAAAAAAGUAAAAGCUGACAAUGAUACAGAAGCAUUUUUUGAAGAGGUUGAAUUAAAUUCUGGAGAAACUGUUAGUUUUUAUCAGAUGAAUCUGUCAAGGCCUUUGUUAAAGGCAAUUGCUGAGAUGAAAUUUGUACAUCCUACACCUAUUCAGUCUGCGACAAUUCCAGUUGCUUUAUUAGGAAGGGACAUAUGCGGUUGCGCAGCCACUGGAACUGGUAAAACCGCAGCAUAUAUGUUGCCAACUUUAGAACGACUUCUCUAUAGACCAUCAGAUGGAACCACAGUUAUAAGAGUGUUAGUUUUGGUACCGACGAGAGAGUUGGGUGUUCAAGUAUACCAGGUUACUAAACAAAUAUGCCAGUUUAGCGAUAUACAGGUUGGCUUAGCUGUCGGUGGCUUAGAUCUUAAAACACAGGAAAAUAUUUUAAGAAAGAAUCCAGAUAUAGUGAUAGCUACGCCUGGAAGACUUAUAGAUCAUUUAAAAAGUACUCCAUCGUUUAGUUUAGAUUCAAUAGAAGUGUUGAUCUUGGACGAAGCUGAUCGAAUGUUGGAUGAGUAUUUUGCCGAACAAAUGAAUGAAAUAGUUAAACAGUGUUCACGUAAACGCCAGACUAUGUUAUUUUCGGCCACAAUGACAGAAGAAGUAGAAAGUUUAGCAGCAGUAUCUCUUACCAAGCCAGUUCGAUUAUUUGUAGAUAGUAAUCGCGAUGUAGCGUUUAAUUUAAGACAAGAAUUUGUUAGAAUUAGAUCAGACAAAGAAACAGAUAGAGAACCAAUUCUAGCUGCAUUAGUUUGUAGAACGUUUAGAGAACAUUGUAUGGUGUUCGUGCAAACAAAAAAGCAAGCGCAUCGUUUACAUAUUGUUUUGGGUCUUCUGGGUCUCAAAGUGGCUGAAUUGCAUGGAAACUUAACUCAACCCCAACGGUUAGAAAAUUUAGAGAGGUUCAAAACGAAGCAAGUUGAUGUGCUUAUAGCAACAGAUGUAGCAGCUCGAGGUCUUGACAUUGUAGGUGUUCAAACUGUGAUAAACUUUGUGAUGCCUGCCACAACUGAACACUAUAUUCAUAGAGUCGGUAGAACUGCCAGAGCUGGAAGGGCUGGUGUGUCAGUAAGCUUAGCUGGCGAGAAAGAGAGGAAAAUAGUUAAAGAAGUAAUAAAACGUGCCAGAAAUCCAGUCAAAAGCAGAGUCAUCCCACCUGACAUUCUUGAAAAAUACAGAACUAAAAUUGAGUCACUAGAGCCUCAAGUAACAGAAAUUCUUCAAGAAGAAUAUGAAGAAAGAGUGCUCAGUAAAGCCGAAAAUCAAGCAAAUAGAGCUGAAAAACUACUAAAAGGUGAAAAAGAUGAAGUAAGACCUUGGUUCCAAACUAAGAAGCAACGGAAAGAAGAGAAGGAAAAAUUAAGUCUUAAAAACGUGAAGGCUAAAAAGGACAAAUCAGAGAAACCAAAGGACAAAAAGAAGGGCAAAGGAAAAGACUCAGCUGAUGAUAGAAUAAGUAACGAAUUGAAUAAAGUUGCACUUGUACAGGCCAGAUUAGCGAAGAGAAAGCAGAAACAAAAAAAGAUAAAUGCCGUCCGGGACGACAGCUUUGCAGAAAAUGGUAAUACAAGUGGAAAGAAAAGAAAAUCACAUUUUGCAGAUUUGGUAGAUACUUCCCAAAAGAAAGUUAAAAAACUUAGAUAUGAUAGUAAUUUCAAACAAAAAAUGAAAAACAAGGGUAAAAAUAAGGGUUCGAACCAAAAUAAGGGCUCAAAACAAAAUAAGGGCACAAAGCAAAAUAAAGUAUUUGGAAAGCCCCAGAUGAAAAAGAAACGUUAAAUUAAUACAAACUCUUUUGUAAAAAUACCUUUGUCUAUUGUAUAAAAAUAAACUGUUUUAUUAGA